AUGAUAGUACCUCGUCUUCGGAGUGAAGCCCGUGGCGGGUCAUCAUCUGGCGCGUCUACACGUUAUAGUACUGGUGUUUAUGGAAGUAAAGUACAUGGACAACAUGCUAAUGAUCCUGAUCUUAAACGUGCUCUUCAAUAUUCCUAUACAUCACAAGCAGUACGAAAAUGGGAAAAACGUUGGGUUGUGAUUCAUGAAACAUCAAUGCGUGUUCAUAAAUGGAUGCCAGCACCAGCUACAGCUCCAACACUUGCUUCACAAAUUGUUGCUGAUAAAACAGCUGCACUUGCUAAUAAUAAUACAGAUCAAUCACAAGAAGAAACUCAAAUACAACAGCAACAAGAACAACAAGAAUCUACUCCCACUACAACAGAAGAUACUCAAAUGAUGGUCGAUGAAGAGAGCACUAGUCAAUCAAGUCAAGCUUAG